UGAAACCUUUUCAGGAAUAGACCUUACACCCUUUGCAACAUGUUUUUGGAUGGAAGUUUCUGGGAGAAGGCGUGGCCCUGACCUUGCCAUGUGUUCCGCUGAUGCCACGGUCUACUGUCAGCCGUGUGGAGAGGGCGGGAAACGCGCUGUGGCUCAUGGGUUCUGUCAGACCUGCGAGGAAUACAUGUGUGGUCCUUGUAUUGAGGCCCAUAAGAGGUUCAAGCUGUCCAGGAACCACAAAAUGUUAUCCAAAGAUAAGAUGCCGACAUUCUACCCGUCCACCAAGCAGUCUGACAUUGGCGAAACUGAAUACUGUAAAUCUCAUUCGAAGGAGAUGAUCAAGUUUUUUUGCCCGAACCACGGCGACCUUGGCUGUGGUGACUGUGUAGUCAUCGCUCAUCGCACGUGUAAAGUCGACUACAUCGCUGAUGUCUCUAAAGGUUUCGUCAAUGAGAACGAAUUCAAAAGGUUGGAACCAUCUAUUAAACGAGCUGAAGAUAUUCUAUAUCAGAACAUAAGUAACGCCGAGAAACUUCUGUACGAGGUAGUAAACCAGUCUAAGUAUGAGAUUGACAGACUGAGAAAAUUCCGGGAAGAAAUCAACACUUACCUGGACCGCCGCGAGAAGGAACUGCUCGACAACCUCAAGGAAGUGAAGACCAAGGAUGAAAACGACUUGACUGCACUAAAGACUGAUUGUAAAUCGGUGAUGACGGCACUUGAGGCCAUGAGGAAUGAAAUGUCUUCAAUUGACGUCUCGGUAAACCAGCGUUACUUGGCGGCAAGGCGGGCCCAGAAUGAGCUACGGGGACUUCAUGUCGAGAUGGGGAAGAUGGCUGGUAGGAUGAAGGCCCGGAAGUACCGGUUUGUUAAGGACGCGGACACGGAGCGGCUGCUGGGAACGAAAAAAGGCUUUGGAACACUGGACGUGGCGGGAGAGUUUCGGAGGGAAAGUACUAUUCCAGUUUCUGGCCACUCUACCGUGACAUGGAAGAAGGAAGUUGACAUCCCGGUCAGAGAGGCACAGGACAAGGACACCUGCUGGAUCACCGGCUCCGUCCUGCUUUCUUCUGGUCACCUUCUUCUGGCUGACUGCAAGAACAACAGUGCCAAACUGGUAGACGUCACCAACCGUAUCGUCACGUCCCGCAUCCAGCUGCCAAGCGGCCCCUGGGACGUAUGUACGCUUCCUGAUGACCAGGCCGCCAUUACUCUCCCGAACACUUCCAUGAUUCAGCUGCUGUCAACAAUGGGAGGACAGUUGUCGUGUGAAAAGCUUCAACACCACCGACCCUGUACGUGUCUGACCACACUGAACACACCGUUAUCCAGCUGUCCCUGGAUGGGAAGGUCCAACAGAAGUACCGAGACAAGCUCAAAUAUCCAAAGUCCAUGGUGGAGAUAGGGCCUGGCCAGGUGCUCGUGUGUGGGCAGGUCAGCGGCAACGUUAUGCUGCUUACGGAGCGGGACGACAAGAUGACCGAAAUUCUGGGACAGAAGGACGGACUGACCCAUCCAUACUCCAUUUCUUUUUGUCUUUACACUCGUUCCAUAUUUAUCGGGAUGUUAAAAAAUGACUCACUGAAGGUAUUUAAUGCAAACUGACAGUGUUUCUCUCUCAGUCGUGAUUUCCCUUCCCUGGCAGAAAUGUCCAUGUAUUCAAUAAUGAUUGAGCAACUUAAUACUGAAUGCAAUAAUAUUUUAUUUUCAACAUUCCUCAAAAAGUAUUUUUGUAAACGUUUUUUAUGAAAUUAAAUAUCCAUUAAUAAUUAUGUCAAUGUAAAAUUUGAAUGACUAAGUAUAUAGUGAAAGAAAAGGUAUGUGAUAAGCCAGAAAAGCUAUUGGAAAUUAAUGACAAGUACAUUAUAUCUAAUAAAUGUUAACCGUAUUUUGCAGUUUUGUUUUGCAUUUGAAAAAGAAUUGCAAAUUAGAGUCACUGUUAUAAUACUAUCCAUCAAGUCAUGAAUAAGGUGUUUUGGGUGUUUAUUAUUUUUGUUUCAC